AUGCGGGUCCUCACAAGUUUUGUCGCCCUAACCCCCCUUUGGGUUUCUCUGGGAGCGGCGUCCUUGGCUGAUUUGGCCCUCUCCAAAGUUCUCGAUACUGCGUCACCAAUCUUUGGACAGUAUGUCAAAGAGACCACGAGCCAAGCUGAGUGGAUGAAGAACUAUGCCGACAACACGUUGCUUGUCCAUAUGAACAUCCCGGGCACCCACGACAGCGCCACAUGGAACUACACCCAAGCUACUCAGGAUAGCCUUUUAGGCAUUACUUAUCUGAACCAGGUCACUGUACCAGCACCAGAGACGUUCCGCUGCCAGGAACGGUCAUUCAUCGAUAUGCUUAACCUUGGCAUACGAGCAUUUGACAUCCGCUAUGCCUUUGAUCCCACCAACACCACACUGGUUUUUUACCACUCCCAGGCCCUUCUUUCUGAGAUAGCCACUGUCGACGAUGUGCUGUAUGGAUUUUAUCAGUGGCUGGAUGACCAUCCCUCUGAGACUCUCUUCCUGUCCUUCCAGUAUGAAGGCUCAACAGCACUCUACGCAUCGAACGACGCGGCUGUACAAUUGAGUCUGUACAACUCUUUGACCUCCCAAGCCGCUCGCCAGUACUUUGUUCAGACAAAGGGCGAAUUGGGAACUCUGGGUGAAGCUCGUGGAAAAAUCACACUCAUGCGUCGAUUCAACCUGGACCAGUUGCCUGCAUCUUAUACCGACGCCCUCCCUGGCCUACACUUUUCUCCAAGCCUCUGGACCGACAACUCCCCGGACAUCACGCUUGUUUACAAUACCGAGAAGAACCUCACUGCUUAUAUCGAGGACUACUAUCAGCCUCUCACUCCAACAGGAUCCAAUGCUACCGAGAACAUCCAAUGGAAGUACAAUGCAACUGUGGGAAACAUUAAGAAGGCUACCACCGAGCACCCCUCUAGUCUGUUCUGGACAUGGGCCUCCAGUGAAAAUACCGAUAAUGUACCAGCGGACUGGCCUAAGAUCAUGGCGGUCGGAAAUGGUACUUAUACUCCAUUGGGUGGUGUGAAUCAACGAUUGGUCUCUUUCCUGCGGGAGCAAAAGGGCAAACGCCUUGGCAUUGUUAUGUUUGAUUUCUUUGAUCAGCCGUCUAACCUGAUCGAUACUUUCUUGGGUGUUUGA